AUGCAGAAUAUCAAAAAACCUUUCAGGUAUUUUAAUUUUUGGAAGAACUUGAAUGGUUUCCUUGAUGUUGUGAAGCAGUUUUGGCAGGAAAAAGUUGUUGGUUCUCAUAUGUAUCAGCUGGUGUUUCUUUUAAAACAGCUCAAGUUUGGCUUGAAGAGUUUGAAUAGGCAAGGUAGGGGUGAUGUAGAGCUUCAAGAGAAGGAGGCCUACCGGCAUUUGUUAAAUAUUCAGCAGCAAUUACAGCUUGAUCCUUGUAAUAGCGAGCUGAUUUUGGCAGAAAUAAAGAGUAGAAAAUAUUUUUCAGUAGCUCACAAGAAUUAUAUCCAAUACCUUAGCCAAAAAGCUAAAGUAGACUGGAUAAAGUCCGGGGAUGAGAAUACUAAAAUGUUCCACACUAGCUUGAAAGUUAGAAGACAACAGAACACAAUUUAUUCUAUCCGGGACCAGAAUGGAAAUUGGGUGGACAAUCAAGAAGGAGUCAUUAAAGCUUUCCUUGAGUUUUAUGAUUCCUUGCUUGGUACGAAAAUUGAAGGUCGAACAAGGGUGCAUAAAAUAAUUGUCCAGGAGGGAACUUUGAUUAGUCAAAGCCAAGCGAAUUGGCUAGUUCGAGAUUAUACUGGUGAAGAGGUAGAAGCGGCUCUGAAGUCCAUUCCUAAUGAUAAAGCUCCAGGUCCUGAUGGAUAUAAUAGUACCUUCUUUAAAGAUACUUGGGAGAUAACUGGUAAGGAGGUCAAAGAGGCCAUUUUAUCUUUUCUUAACACAGGGAAGCUUCUAAAAGAAAUUAAUGCUACCACAGUGACUUUGGUGCCCAAGUCUAUUUGUCCCGAAUCAGUUAGUGACUAUAGACAUAUUGCGUGUUGCAAUGUGAUCUAUAAAAUAGCCACUAAGAUGAUUUGUAACAGACUUAGAGAUAUUCUUCCUGACAUCAUUUCGGAAAACCAAAGUGGUUUUGUGAAAGGAAGGAAAAUUGCUCACAACAUCAUGAUUUGCCAAGAUAUGGUUCGGGGUUAUGAUAGAAAGAGUGCUAAGUCGGCUUGCCUUUUCAAGAUUGAUCUUCAGAAAGCUUAUGAUACUCUUGAUUGGGAUUUUCUUAAAGAAAUGUUAGAAGCUUUGAACUUUCCCCAAAAAUUUGUGGAGUUGAUCAUGAUUUGGGUAACUACUCCUCGUUUCUCUUUCUGCAUUAAUGGAGCUUUACAUGGGUAUCUUCAAUCCAAGAGGGGUUUGAGACAGGGAGAUCCUAUGUCGCCUCUUCUUUUAGUAAUUGGAAUGGAGUAUUUGUCCCGGAUCUUAAAAAAGAUAACAAAAGACAGUAAAUUUCAAUUCCACCCGAGAUGUAAGAGUUUGGCUCUUACUCACCUUUGUUUUGCUGAUGAUCUUCUUUUGUUUUGUAAAGGAGAUUAUGUUUCAGAAACCCUAUUGCUAAGGGGCUUCAAGCUGUUUGCGAAUUCUUCUGGCCUUAAAGGGAAUCUUGGGAAAUCCGCAGUGUAUGGAGCAGGUAAACAUGUUUGGGAUGUCACCAAGAAGAAGGAUAACCUGUGGGUUAAGUGGGUGAAUUCCGGUCUUUGUAACAAGAUGCAGUCUAUUCAGUUAGAAAGGUGGAAGUACUCCUUGAUUUGGGACACAUCCAAUGUUCCAAAACAUAGAGUUAUUGUUUGGAUGGCUUUACUUGGAAAACUUUACACUAGAGAUCGACUUUACAGGUUUGGAAUCACUCCUCAAGCCGAUUGCUUAAUUUGUGGAGUUGCUGAAGAGAAUCACAGUCACUUAUUCUUUUCCUGCUGCUUCAGGAGGAAAGUCUUGCUAGAAGUUGUUAGCUGGUGUGGUAUUACCUAUACAGGUACUGACUUGGAAAAGUUGUUGAAGUGGCUGCUGAAAAAAAAGAUUUCGAAAGGUAGAAGAGCUGUUUUGUUCAGUAUUGUUUCUGCUACAGUUUACAAUGUUUGGAUGGGAAGAAAUAGAGUUCUUUGGGAUCAUGUGCUUCCCAUGGUUUCAGUUGUUGUAAAGAAUAUUAUUCAUGCUGUUGUAAAGGAGUUUCUUGAUGUGAAUACAAAGAUUAUUGAUUUACCAAAAAAUCGGGACAAGGAUAUCAUAGAUUAG